AUGCUGCUUACCCUUGUUUUCAUUUGCUAUUAAAUGCUCCCGCAGUCGUGUUCCUUCUUCCCCUCUGUCCAUUUCCUCUCCCACGCAACUCCACAGCCAUGUCUAGCACCCACACUGCAGUCUGCUCCAUGUGCGGCGACGUCGGCUUCGAUGACAAACUCUUCCGCUGCGUCCGCUGCCGCUCUCGCUUCCAACACUCCUACUGCACCAACUUCUACUACGAGGAGCCAUCGGAGACUGCCGGGGUAUGUGACUGGUGCCUGAGUGAGAGGUACGAGCUGCCUCACAAGAAGUCAGCAGGGAGGCAUGCUAUUCAACCCGCAGCCGGCAGACGGUCCGCUUAUGCCAAACGCAGGACCGGAAGGAGUGCUCCAGCUUCGAAGCCCACCGGUCGCAGGUACAAGCUACUCAAGGAUGUCUUGUAUUGACCAUCGACCAUCCAACUGUUACCUAUCAGAGUACUAAUAACUGUAUACGCACUGAUGUUUCUGUGUGAUAUAUCAUUAGGGUUCGUGACCGUUGUCUCCCUGCUGUGUACAAG